AUGCUUCCCUCGUGGAGUCUAUCCACGGCGGCAGUUGGCUUUGUCCUGCUGUCGUCAGGGCUCCUCGGCGGCGUCAACGCUGAGUUCAAGCUCCGCCAACCGGCCGCUCCCAAUUACCGGAGCCGCAAUAACAGCUGUCCUACUUCUUGUGCUGUGACUGGCCCCGACCCAGCCCACUGGCCCGCAUACAAGAGCCUCCAAGAUUUCGAUACCUGUCACCAGACCAUCUUCUACCACAUCUCUCUCUUUGAUCCGGUCGAUGAUCUGUCGUCCACGCACCGCAUCUAUGCUUGCGCAUCGAACGGCUCUCUGGCCGAGGCUGGCGCGUCCCACUCGACCAUGCAGGUUCAGCAGACGGUGUCAAACGCCACGUUCACGGUUGGACACUGGAGCGCUGCUGCAGGUGUUGAUCUUCGGGCCCUGUCGCAGGAAGUGCGCAAGUUUUUGAAUACCGGAUACCAGGCCAAGGCCAGUGGCUCCACGGCCGCGUCCACGUCGCCAACGGACCAGGCCCAAAUUCUGUUUGCGCAGACCAUGGGUGGUACCGUGGGCCUCUAUGUCGGCAAGGACGUGCAGAGCCUGUCGUAUGUAUCCAGUGCGCUUGAGGGCCUUGAAGCCUCGUUGACAGCCACCAAGGAGACCACCGGCACGGUGGUGAUGGAGCUGUGCGGCCCGCAGUACAACGCGGACCAUGUCAUCGGAUUCAUUGCCACGAGCAACACGUCUUUCACGCCUGUGCAGCAGGUUCUCCGUGCGUGGUCCAACGCGACAUGCAUUGACAACGACUCGACCGAGGCGUUUGUCAGCCCCGUUGGCUUUACAGCACCGCUGGACAUCCCGUCCGCCGGUCUCAAUAGCACGGCGGUGAACGGGACACUCCCCCAUCGUGUUGCGUCUCGUUCUGGCCGCUUGCUUUCGUAUCCCCACUCUUCCUUGUCACCGCGCGCGGACUGCUCGACCGUGCAGGUCGUGUCCGGCGACUCCUGCUCGUCGUUGGCGACGAAAUGUGGUAUUUCUCCGGCGGAUUUUACAAAAUACAAUUCCGAUUCGUCGCUUUGUGCGACCCUGACACCUGGUCAGCAUGUUUGUUGUUCGUCUGGAACACUGCCCGAUUUCGCGCCCAAGCCCAACAGCGACGGAUCGUGCUACAGCUACACUGUUGUGGCAAACGACAACUGUGCCGCCAUCGCAGCCGCCUACGACUUGACCAACGAUCUCAUCGAGAGCUUUAACAACGCAACAUGGGGAUGGCAAGGCUGCAACAAUGUCCUACUCGGUGCCGUGAUAUGCUUGAGCACGGGCUCGCCUCCCAUGCCCGCGGCCGUUGCCAAUGCCGAGUGCGGUCCCCAGGUUUCUGGGACGGUCGCCGGGCCUGGUGGCACGUACAACUUGUCGGGCCUUAACCCGUGUCCCCUGAAUGCCUGUUGUGACAUUUGGGGGCAAUGCGGCGUGACGGACACCUUCUGCGUGGAUACGAGCCUUGGUCCCCCGGGAACGGCCAAACAAGGCACAAACGGUUGCAUUUCCAACUGUGGCACCGAUAUUGUUUCCGGGUCGGCGCCGCCAAGUCCAGUCAAACUGGCCUAUUACGAAGGUUACGGUAUGGACCGUCAAUGCCUCUUCCAGGAUAUUUCACAGCUGGCGUCGGAUCUGACGCAUGUUCACUUUGCGUUCGCGACGUUGGAUCCGGACACCUACAAUGUGUCUGUUGGGUCUGUUUAUAGCAGCUACGAAUUUGACAAUUUUGCUCGUCUAGGAUCGGGUGUCCAUCGCGUCAUCACGAUUGGCGGGUGGUCAUUCUCCACAGAUCCCAGCACCUACCAGAUCUUCCGCAACGGUGUUACUGCUGCAAACCGUGUCAGGAUGGCAAUGGCCAUUGCUGACUUUGUGAAGCGACACAACUUGGACGGUGUCGACAUUGACUGGGAGUACCCAGGUGCCCCGGACAUUCCGGGCAUUCCUGCUGCCAGCACCGAUGACGGCGCCAAUUACCUCGAUUUCCUCGUUGUCCUCAAAAACCUCUUGCCGUUCAAGACCGUCAGCAUUGCUGCUCCGGCUUCAUAUUGGUACCUCAAGAACUUUCCCAUUCAGAAAAUUUCCAAGGUGGUGGAUUAUAUCGUGUACAUGACGUACGACCUGCAUGGCCAGUGGGACAGCGGCAACAGCUACUCGCAGGACGACUGUCCUACGGGUACUUGCCUACGCAGCCACGUCAACCUGACGGAAACACUCACCUCCUUGUCUAUGAUUACGAAGGCAGGUGUGCCCGCCAAUAAGGUGAUUGUCGGCGUGACGAGUUAUGGCCGUUCGUUUGGCAUGACGGAUCCCAACUGCUACGAUCCCCAGUGCACAUACGGCGGCGGCGCCUCCGGUUCCACUGCUGCCCCUGGCCCUUGCACAGGCACGGCCGGUUACCUCGCCGAUGCCGAGAUCCACGCUAUCAUAUCCGGCAUGGAUAUUACGAUUGACGGCAUUCACUCCGACGGGAACAACACAAACACAAAGCGCGAGACUAUCAACUCUACUCGUGUCGACCAUUACUACUACGACGAACCCAGUGACAGCCAGAUCCUGGUUUACGAUACCGACCAGUGGGUGUCCUUUAUGACGCCGAGCAUUCUGUCGUCCCGUGCGACAAUGUACAACAGCUAUGGCUUUGGAGGCACAACCAACUGGGCCAGCGAUCUCGAGACGUUCAAUGCGGUGCCUGGUGUGACGAAAUCGUGGGGCGCAUUUCUGGAGGCCGUCGGGGCGGGCCUGAAUCCUAUGUCGGAACUUUCGGUGGACAAGUCGGCCGUUCACGGCAAUUGGACAAAACUGAGUUGUACCAACCCGGCUGUCGUCAAUGCCUUGACAAUGUCGCCUCAGGAGCGCUGGGCAGAGCUGGACGGCGCCGAUGCGUGGGCUGAUGUCAUCAACGUCUGGACGACCGUGGACCAGCCCGCCGGUGGCAUCUACCUCAGCGAGUCUAUUUCGAAUUCGAUUCACGGCCCCGAAGACACCAAUUGCGGUACACUGGCCGCCACGAGCAACUGCGACUCGAUCCUGCUGUGCAAGGACGUCGAGAACAUUAGCGGUACCGGCCCCGCGGCCUAUGUCCUGUGGAACUCGCUGGUGUAUGUCCACGAAAUGUACGAAACCUUGCACGACGCCAUCGUCCAGGCGGCCGCAGUCUCUCUGGAUCCUUCCCUGGCCUACUUCGAAGACACAUUUGCCCCCGUUGUGCCGCCGAGUGAUACUUGGUUGUCGGUUCUCUUCGCACUGUCCAACCUGGCAGGCACAAUGGUCGUCUCUUCGGUCUUCAACAGCUUGUUAAAAGGCCUGCCCUAUUUUAGAGCCAAUGGCGAAGUAUACGACAAUGGAAAGGAUCUCGGGAAGGCUCUCGAGAGCUUUACAGUGAGUGUCAUGGGCACCUACAUCAAAGGCAACGAGGGCUCGUGGUCUGCGGGCGACCAGGAUUCCUUUUCCAGCUACCUUGGCCAGGUCAUCAACGUCUGGACCACCGGCACGGAAGCGCAGCUCGAAAGCCUGUUCAGUGGCUCGAACGAUUCCAUUACGCUUCUGACGAGCCUCGUCGGCCAGGGCCAGUUUCUGGAGGGGUCCGGGGCAAGCCCUCAGUUCAGCGUGUCCAAUGCCACGACCACAAGCGUCGCCGCCAGCAUCAUGCGCGCCUUUUACGCCUUUGCCAUCCCGUCGGUCUGGAGUGCCUCCGGCACCAACGCGUUUGUUCUCGACGCGGGUGACGAUUGCAGCAAGCCCAGUGCCUAUGAUUACUACGUCGACUCGUCCAUCCAGGAGAAGACCAUGGCCUGCAUCGACGACCACCUCUACUUCCUCGUGUAUCCGAAAGGCGUGGCCAGAGAAUACUGCUAUCCCAAGUUCCCCUGCCCGUACAACAAGUUCUCGGCGCCCCCCGGUAUCGACGACCUGGACGGAACGGCUUGGGGCGGUAUCACGGUCACGGACAUUAUUAACGGUUCUGUGCGGUCGUAUCAAGCCAACGGCCUGGCCAACGACGCCCCCGUAGCCGACCCGAGCGAUCCGACCACCUUGACAGAUCUGUAUAACCAGGACAUUACCACACCAGGGUACAUCCGUCUUCCCGUGUGCACUGGUCCAGUUGCCGACUACGCAUGGUUGGUCAACCGGGACAAGUCGGCUCCCAACUGGCCCUGCAUCCCGGCAAGUAACUAA